UAAAAAUAAUUCACCUUAUGCUAUUGUUGACUUUACAAACAACGGUUUAUAUGAUAGUAUUUUAACUGAAGACCAAAGUUACAUUGUUUCAGUAGAUUUAAAUGUUCCAGUUUCUGAGAGGAAUAUAGCGUUAGUAAAAACAGCUUUAAUAAAUGAAAAAUUUGCUCCAGAAAUUUUACCUAUUGAGCCAGCUUUAGAUAAUUUAUAUGUUGAAUUAAAUAAUCAAAUGGAAUCAGCUCUUAAUAAUUUUAGAAAUGCAAAAAGUGAAAGCUCUUAUAUAGGUUUCAUGUUGCUUGCAGAUGUUGAACGUAUGAAAUAUAUAAUACAAAAAUAUACAAUGAUACGAAUAAGCAAAAUUGAAAAACAAUUAGAAUUAAUAUUAAACACACCAGUGUAUUUACAAAGAUUGUCUGAUGCAGAAUCAGUAUUUGCUAACAAUUACAAAAAACUUAUUAAACAGUUUGAAAAGGAUGCAUUUUUAGAUGAUAUAAAUGAUAUAGGUGAUGAUGAAAUUGAAAGGGUGGAAGAGGAAAAUAGUAUUGAAGAAUCUGAAGAUAUAGAUUUAUUAUCAAGUCAAUUGGAUCUUCAGAAAACAAUAUUUUGUCGUGCUAUAAGAAUGGUUCAUGAAAACCAACUUCCUAAAAGUGAUGGAGAAAAUUAUUUUUUGGAUAGAAUGUCACCAAAUGAAAUAUAUUUAUUAAGAUAUUCUGAAAUCAAACAGUUAUUAUUAGAAGGUUAUGUGGAACUUAUAUAA